ACAGAAUAUCCAGAUAGUGGCUACACUUCUACCCCUGGUUUGGCUGCCAUGCAUCAUGGGCGAGCUAUUGGUAAAGGGCCCUCUACUGCCACACAGACUAACCAACAACCUCCUCGACUUCUCAUUGUGCACAUUGCUUUACCAGCCUGGGCUGACAUCUGCUCCAACCUCUGUGAGGCUCUGCAGAACUUUUUUUCUUUAGCCUGCAGCUUGAUGGGCCCCAGUCGAAUGUCACUCUUUAGUUUAUACAUGGUACAAAAUCAACAUGAGUGCAUCCUUCCUUUUGUGCAAGUAAAAGGGAACUUUGUUAGGUUGAAGGCUUGCAUCUCAGAGCUUCGCAUGAUAGAGACAGAAGGUUGUUUCCGACCACAAAGCACUUCUCUACAGCUGGCAAUACAGGAUGGACUCCAGCAAUUCAAACAAUACAGCAGAUAUGUGACCACAGGUGCUGCUCUGCCCUACACUUCCCUGGAGAUUACUGUCCUGACUUCCCACCCUGGAAAAGAAGUGGUCAAACAACUAGAGGAAGGGUUGAAAGAUAUAGAUCUGGUCAGGGUCAGAAGGCUUCAAGUUGUUGAAAUCACAAAGGGAAUCCUGGAGCUCAUGGACUCAGCAUCUCCUGUUGAAGAGCCCAGCAAUGAUGAGAGUUCUAUCCUGGGAACUGACAUUGAACUUCAGAUUAUAGACAACGAUGUUAUCAGCAUGGAAUUUUUCUUCAAAGCCUGGCUGCAUAACAGUGGAACAGACCAAGAACACAUCCAUCUCCUUCUUCCUUCACAGUGUUUCAGCAACAUUUCCAGUGCCAGGGAUAAUCCAAUGUGCCUGAAAUGUGAUCUCCAAGAGCGACUUCUCAGCCCAUCCCUGCUCCCUGGUACAGCUGACGGUGCCUCCAGAAUGGAUGACCCCAAAGGAGACCUCAGCACGCUCUACCAGAUGGCUUCCCAGUCCUCAGCCUCUUGUUACAAACUCCAAGUAAUCAAGGCUCUAAAAUCUAGCRGACUCUGCGAGUCAUUGACAUAUGGACUCCCCUUCAUCCUCAGACCCACAAGCUGUUGGCAGCUGGACUGGGAUGAGCUGGAGACAAAUCAGCAGCAUUUUCAUGCUUUGUGUCACAGCCUUCUGAAAAGAGAAUGGAUGCUAUUGGCCAAAGGGGAACCCCUGAGCCUAGGACACAGCCAAAGAGUUCCUGCCAGCACCUUCUAUGUGAUCAUGCCAUCGAACUCGCCCACAUUGCUGGUGAAGGCUGUGGCCACACGGGAACUCAUGCUGCCCAGCCCCUUCCCCCUGCUGCCUGAGGACCCUCCUGAAGACAGCCUUGAGACUGUGGAGAGCAUGCUGGAUGGCCUGGAGCUGGAGCCCACCUACAACCCACUACAGGUUUGGAGCCAUCUGUACUCACACCUGAGCAGCAUUUUUGCCAAGCCUCAGGGGCGGCUUUACCCAAACUGGGAGAACAGGACUCCAAGAAAGGCUGGGCAGUUGCAGACCAACAGAGUUCGUGCCACAGUGCUCCCCCUGCCAAUGACUCCAGCCCUGAGCACAGCCCCCAAGUUGCCAGCAGCCAGCAAAGCUUCCUCAGAAGCCUUCUUGCGGCCUUCUGAGUGGAGGAAAAGUAUCCCUCAUGGCCCUGAGUUACUAGCACCAGAGUGUAGCCACCCUACUCAGCCACCACGUCCAUGCCAAGACCCGCAUAAUGGCUAUCUGUAG